UCCAUGAACCACUGCUCCUGGUGUUCCCUCUCUUUCUCUUUAGAAUUGGGUAAAAUGAUCUGAUUUCAAUCUUCGGGACAGAAAUGAGGCUUCCUUAAAAACAGCUUCUACAUCUGCAGACAAAAGGCUCUUACCUUUAAAAUCAAUAGUACCCACUGAAGAAUUUAUAAGCCUGGUCAAAAGGAACUACCAAGCUUACGGCAUGUUUGUGCUCAAAGUCUUGUGUUGUUUACUUUUAAUCAGUCACCUCAGUGAGGGAAAGAAAAUCAAAGGAAUCAGAGCAGGUGCAGUGGAAACAGAGCAGAGGGCUGUCCUGAGGGAGAGAGAGCCGUAUGUCAGCAGUUCAGUCUUCAGGCUGUUUUUAGGAGGGGAGGACACCUGCACACUGGACCCUCUGCAGCUGCACACUCUCACCUCCUGUGGCUUCAACAGCAGUAAUCCCCUCAUCAUCAUCACUCAUGGGUGGUCGGUGGAUGGUAUGAUGGAGAGCUGGGUGCUGAGGUUAGCCACAGCUGUCAGGACAAAUCUUGGAGAUGUAAAUGUGGUGAUCACCGACUGGUUAUCGCUGGCCCAGCACCACUACCCGAUAGCAGUGCAGAAAACCCGCACUGUUGGAAAAGACAUAGCUCACCUGCUGCAGUCACUUCAGGAGCACUACCAGUACCCACUUAGAAACGCUCAUUUGAUUGGCUAUAGCCUUGGUGCUCACAUCUCCGGAUUUGCUGGGAACUAUCUGACAGGUUUGGAGAAGAUUGGAAGAAUUACUGGUCUUGAUCCAGCGGGGCCGCUGUUUGAAGGCAUGUCCCCCACAGACAGACUGUCUCCUGAUGAUGCUGAAUUUGUGGAUGCCAUCCACACUUUCACCCAUGAGCGUAUGGGCCUCAGUGUGGGAAUCAAGCAAGCUGUGGCCCACUAUGACUUUUACCCCAAUGGAGGAGAUUUCCAACCAGGGUGUGACCUGAAAAACAUUUAUGACCACAUAUCCCAGUACGGGAUUCUCGGUUUUGAGCAAACGGUGAAAUGUGCUCACGAGCGGUCUGUCCACCUCUUCAUUGACUCUCUGCUCAAUAAAGACAAGCAGAGCAAGGCCUACAGGUGCAGUGACAACAGCGCUUUCGAUAAAGGGGUCUGUCUGGACUGCCGGAAAAAUCGUUGUAACACACUCGGCUAUGAUAUCAAGAAAGUCCGCACAGGCACCAGCAAAAGGCUCUACCUGAAAACACGAUCUCGGAUGCCUUACAAACUGUAUCAUUACCAGUUGAGGAUCCAGUUUGUCAAUCAGAUGGAGAAGAUUGAGCCCUCUCUUACGAUCUUUCUCACGGGAACAAAAGAAGAAAGUGGAGAUGUGGACAUCACCUUCAAUGAAAAAAUUUCAGGCAAUCAAACCUUUACCUUCCUGAUCACCCUGGACAGAGACUUGGGGGAACUGAUGUUGCUCAAUUUGCACUGGGAGGCAUCUCCUCUGUGGGAAAAUGUGUGGAACAAGGUGCAGACCCUCAUUCCUUGGGGAGUUCGGGAGAGAAAAAGACUUCUGAAUGUGGGCAAAGUCAGCAUCAAAGCAGGCGAAACACAGAAGAGGACAUCUUUUUGUUCCAUGACAAAUGAUGGACAAGUCGAAGCAUCUGAAGAUACUGCGUUUGUACGCUGUAAGGAAGACAGACCAAAAGGGCGUAGAAGAAAGGCCAAGUUAUAAAGACUUGUGUGGGUUGCCUUUUGAAGAUCUGAGAUGAAUGGCCCUUGAAGAUCAUAACUAAUCUGAUAAAAUUCUCCCGCCUUGAAGUGACAUUGUGCAGAUUUGGGAAGUAAAAGUAGAAAGCCAUAAUUGCUGGAAAUAGGCACUAAAUCCUGGGAAAUGAUACUGUAGACAACUGGUUGAACCUCUGUUUACCAUUUAAAGAAAUAUUUCAAUUGUGUGAUGAAAUUAUGAAUGAGCUGUUUUCUCACUUGAACCACAUGGUGUCAUUUUAAGGUAAAAGCCCAGUCUUACAUUCCUGUACUGGGUUAUACAGCUUAAGUCAGACGUUUUAAGAACCUUUUGAUCAUGUCAGUUCUAACAGAAAAUUUUAAAUGAGGUUUUCUUUUUCCCCCAUAUAUGCAAAUUUUAAAAAACCUGCAUGAAUAUUGUUAAUAACAUAAAAAUACACUAUUGCUCCGUCUCACAGCAGAACAAUAAAUAUACUCUGUUCUUUUC